UCAGCACACUGGAAACGUGCCGUGAAACGGGUCGAAGGUGAUCAAUUCGAUGGAGUGAUUCGUGGAAUUGCCGGUCUUCGAACAUCCUCGUGCGAUUCCACAAAAACGACAACUGAGAUACCAGAAAAUGUUCCAGAAAUUUAGCAAUCAGCUAGUCGUCCACAAUGAUGAUAUAACGGUCACGCAACGUUCCUUUGCUGCUCUAUUCCCUCGGCUUGCUCCCUAA